UUUGCGCUCAGGUGGAAUAGGGACGGACGCACUCAAACUGGAAAGUGUGUAACGUAGCCUAGCCUACUAGGUAAGGGUCAAUCAGCUGUGUAUCUGUGUGGAGACAGAGAUAAUCACGCCAGAUCUAACAGGUGGAGGCUACGUGCACAAUCCAUCUGAAAAGAGAAGAAAUAACCUAGACUACAAUACUUUUCAUUCGCAGACAUCAGUCAGAGGAAACCAACGCGGUUGGAAACAAAAGGCAUGCUGAAGUCAGUUUCUCAGAGUAUACCCAGCAGCAACCAGUAUGAGGACGGUGAUAUGCUCAUUGAUUUCUUCACGCCACUUGAUGCUGUGGAGGCGAGUCUCCAGCCACAGGUGACACUGAGUCACCCUGAGCAUGUGGGCGCAGGUGUACAGAACUCCCCUGUUGGCUCAACAACUGGAAACCCCUUCACUGGAGCCUUGAAUAAUCUGUCAAGUACGAACACAGAUAUGUUCCAGACCACGCCAUCCGAUUGGACUAGAGACCAGAGAGAUCCCUUCAAUCAGAACACGGAUAUCUUCCAGUCCAGCACAUCCAAUCAAAAUACAGACAUCUUCACAACUCCUUCAUCGAAUUGGGAUACUGAUGUCUUCCGGCCCCCAUCACCUUUUGCGAAUGCAGACAUUUUCCAGACAGCCUCAUCCAAUGGAAAUCCAUCGACUCUCUCCUCAUCACCACCCACCAGUACUGGUGUUGACCUCUUCCCGCCACUCGCAUACAAUGUGGGGGCGCCUGGCACAGCUGUCAAGCCCUCCAAACCACCAUUUGAGAUUUACCAAAGUCCACUGUCCACCGAAGAAAAGGACAUUUUCAAGAAGCCAAAACCAGAAGUCCCUCAGAAACCAAAAACGAUCAGAAUUAAUUUUAGAAACGGCUCCUCGCUCAGCCAAAGGACCCCAUCCCCUGUGUCUUCCACAUCCGCAGAUCAGAGGGCCUUAACUGCGUCAGACGUCAGUUGGCAAAAUGUUCUCCAAGCCACCCCUACUGGAACAUCAGACGCGUACCAGACACCGUUGUCUGUGAGAGACGACCUAUUUAGCCCGCUCCAAAACAACCCCCAUGACCUCUCCUCGGCUACUUCCUCCUCUGUGACAUCUGACCUCUUCAAGACUCCAUCCACCAGUUUCGCCCAUCAGUCGACACCCUCUUCUGAGGCCCACUCCUCGGUCCAGUCCUCCCACUUACCUGGCAACCCCUUUUAUCCACUCCCUAACGGGAGAGUCGUCACUGGGAGGGCAGAGGCUUCUGAGGGAACGGUGUCCGCAGACCCAAAAUUGAACCUCCUUCUCACGACCCCAGGGGGCACUGAACACAAUGUCCUUCAAAACACUCCCUCAGAUGUGACAAAGGAGGCAUUUUCCUCCCCUCUCUCUCAAGAAACUGAAGCAUCCACAAGCACGCCAUCUGAAUUCUCUAGGCCCAAACCAUUACCAAGAGUCCAGCCUAAAGCACAUCCAAGAACCAAGGUCCUCAAUAACACUGUACAUCAGGAAACCGCCUCACCGGUGGAAGAGGAAUCCUCUUCAGAUGUGAACAUUGUGUUCACGGGCGAGGAGAGGUGUAUAGAGGACUGGCCAGAGGACAGCCCACAACUCUCCUCUAACUUUAGACCAUCUGGCACACUAAGGCUGAGGAGAGAGUCCAUCUUGGAAAAUGAAAGCAAAGGAGGAGACAAAAGUGGGAAGAAAUCCUUGAGACAGUUGGCACUUUCAAUUUCCACUCGAAGACGAUCAAAGGAUAAACUGCUAGAUGAUGUAAAACAUGAAGACAGUCACACGCCUCCCCAGCGAUCUGAGGAGGGGCUCCUGAUUGAUGUGUUUUCAUCAGAUAAUGGUGAACAUAGUCAGGGGGAGGAAUCAAAAACGGCCAAGAAAUCAAAGUUCAAAGGAUCUAAGGUUCUUCGUAGAAAGUCAAAGGAAAAGCUGGGUGUUGUCCAGAACACAACUGAGAGCCACUCGGCAUUGGAAUUAUAUGAGGGGCCUGUUGAGGAAAAUGCAGAGAGCACUCAAGACGAAACAAAGGGGACACCUGAGUUUACAUCCCAGAAGAGGAAGGUCCUUAAGAAAAGACUGUCAAAUUUGAAUCGUCGUACCCUGAAGAAACAGGGAAAUCCUCGAAAUGAAGUCCCAGCUGCUCACCCACAUACAUCUGCAUGGCCUGAGGAAGAGCAAGAUGCCAGUGCGCCCAAAGGAAUCUUCAUGACCUCCAAUGGCCAUUUAAAGGACGCUGAACUCCAUACAAAUCACAAGGAUGGAAGUGAAAACAAGGAACCCAGCUAUUAUGGGAUGGAUUUUAAUCAUGGAAAGCCCUUCUCUGUGGAGGACCUUCCCAAAAGCAAUGGUUUACACGAUGAAGAUGAGAAGAAGGAACCACAUGGAAAAAAGAAGAAAAAGAAGAGCUCAAUCAAAAUCACUAUUCCACAUUUGACUUGGAAAGACUAUACGAAUAAUAAUCACCCAUAUGGCACCUCCCCAAAGUCACCUAGCAGGGACCAUUACAUGCAGGAGCGUGCAAAGAAUCACCCAUAUGGCACCUCCCCAAAGUCACCUAGCGGGGACCAUUACAUGCAGGAGGGUGUAAAGGGUAUAGGAUAUGAAUCACCUGAAGCAAUGAGGAGUGAUUACUACCCAUCAGCCACCACAAAGGAUCGAGACAUGUUCCCAACAGAAGAGCCACCAGAAUUCACUUCUAUGAGAAACACUGCCUCUGUACAGGAAGACUAUGGAGCCAUGUCCAGUCCAAGAUACAAGGAGGCCUAUCCUGACCCAAGCCUGACACAUAAAGGCUCAGAUCUCUUCUCGGCUGUUGACCAAUAUGGUGAACAGUCUAAGAAAAUGGAGGAUUGUAAACCGAAAAAAACCUCGAAAUUUGCUGUUAAACUUCGUCGGAAAUCAAAGGAUAACUUCUUUGAAGAUGGAACAAGGCGGAGGUCAGGACCCUCAGAAUCAGAUUAUCAACCAUCACCUCAGUUUAAGUCAGACCCGAUGGAAGAUGAAUUUUUCCGAGACGAUGCAGAUGUUUUCCAGGAGGGAAGGUUUGGAGAAGUUAACAAGUGGAGGACGGAGGAAGACUAUGAACAAGAGUUUCUAGAGGAUGACUUCUCAGAAAAGUGCACUGUUCAAGAGGACGAGGACGAACUAAAUGAGAAAGAACCCGGCAAAGGCAAAAAGAAAAAGUCACGAAAGGUCUCAAUUCCACACCUGACUAGGAAAGACCAGAGGAGUAACGUCUAUGAAGAUGAAGAUCUUCCUGGGGCAACAAGCAGUGACUACUUUAUUUCAGAUGCUGCAAAGGCGGACUGGACGUCAUCUCAGAUGGACAUGAGGAGAACGUGUGCAGAGGAGGAAGACGAGGAGGGACUGGAAGUGUUGCCUGAGGAAGAUGAAGGGGACACUGACAGCCUGAUGGAGUGGUGGAAUACAGUUGAAAUGUGGGAUGAAGUGCCUUCAGAUGAAGAGAGCACCUUGAAGGAGGAGGAGACAAAGUCCUUCACCCAGACUGCGGACCGGGUGCACCGGGGCCUGCGCGUCUUCAACAAGGUGUUCAUGGAGCAGGCCGAGGUGCUCUACCAGCACGUGCUCAUCCUGCACGCCAUCGCCGACGACCUGAGCAGCUUCCACCGCCGCGCCAAGGUGGGCAGCAUCACCGGCGGCACCACCAUGGCCGUGGGUGGCGCGGCGGCCAUCGCCGGGCUGGCGCUGGCGCCGCUGACCUUCGGCGCGUCGCUGGUGGUGUCGGCGGUGGGCCUGGGCGUGGUGACGGCCGGCGGCAUCACCUCGGCGUCGGCGGCCCUCUCCGACAAGCUCAACGACGUGCAGGACCGCAAGAAGAUCGAGCUGGUGGCCGGCGACUACCUGACGCGGCUGACCGAAGUGGGCCGCUGCCUGGGCUACGUGCGCGAGGGCAUGCGGCGGCUGUCGCACCACCCGCUGCUGCGCCGCAACAACUACUACGCCAGCAGCGACUGGGAGGUGCGCCGCGCGCUCCAGAUGGUGAGCCUGGUGCGCGACCCCACCGACCGGGCCGCCGACGUGGCCGAGCGCGGCACCGCCGCCCUCUCCAGCCUCUUCAAGCACAUGGACCGCUUCUUCGUGGACCGCGGCGGCAAGCAGGAGCUGCGCAAGACCUGCAAGAAAGAGGCCACGGGGCAGGUGCACUCGGUGGCCACCGUGCUGCAGGAGGGGCUGGUGGAGCUCAACUCCAUCCGGGAGCAGAUGCUAGACGCCUACGGCAACAUCUGAAAAGACUACACUUCCCACAAUACCACUGUGGGAAGUAUGUAGUUAUUGUUCCAACAACGAAAAAUAUGUAUUGCAAAAUGGAUGUAGUUGAUACGAAUUAUAAUGUAUUGAAUUGCCUGGUGUGUCAUGUGAUGGUAAUUAUUUGUAGACCUGCAGAAGAAGAAUUGUGAGGGAGAGCGAUUGAACAAUUAAGAAGUUACAACCAAAGAAAGAUAUACAAAGAUUCACAUUAAGCUCUUGGGAAGUUUUUGGUGAUAUUUUAAAACUUUUUUCUUUUGUUAAUUCAUUAGCUUAUCUCUGUAAAUGUGCAAUGGAUUUUAUAUUGGCUGAUAAGUUAAUCUAUGUAUAUGCUAUGUUGUCCUCAGGUAGCCAAAUACUGCUUUGCAACUGAUAAAUGAUAUGCACCUUUUUGUUUCGUAUUUAUAUAGGCCUAAUAUAAACCAUUGUGAUUAUCUUUGUCUUUAUACACACAUUGCACAUUUUAGCUUUUAUAAUUGUGUGUGUUCGCAUAUGUGAACAGUGUUUAUUAAUUGUUGUGACCAUUUUGCUUGUUAUGUUUAGAAAAUAAUCUAUUGUCAAAUAUAUUCAAAUAAUAAAAACCCUUUUCAAUUGUAAUUCUGUUUGGUUUA